AUGAGUGCUUUGAGAACUCAACAACGUACAUUUAUCGCACUAGUGGUAUUCUUACUCAUACUAUCGACUAUAUCGUUUUUAAAUGUGAAUAGAAAUGCACUAAGCUAUAUAAGAAGCACUCCGUCGCAACAAUCCGACGUGAAACUAGUCACAUCCAUCGAAUUAGAGGUAGCAUCGACCACAACAGUGGCAGAUAAAACCACAGGAGUAGACAACAUAGCCACAGCCAGCAAUGGUAUCAGCAGCAGCAGCAGCAGCUCUACCCCAACCACGUCUUCUUCAAUCAUACAGAAUGAACCUACGGGUGAAUCAACCAGUCAUAAUCAAUUUUUCAAAUACUCAUAUUAUGAUCCCACUUCAAAUUCAUUCAAAGUGAUUUACAAGCAACAGCCACAACUUCAACAAAAGAAGGAGAACCAAGCCAAACCAACGAACAAAUAUACCACCAUUAAUGAACAACCAUCUAUCCUUAUUCUUUCGGCGAUCGGAAAAGAUCAACCAUAUGGAAGAGAUCGUAAAUUUGAUGAUUUCAUGAAAACAAUACAAACAAUUGUUGAAAACCAACCAGAUUUACAUUUCAACUUGGGUUUAUCAACGAACUAUCUAACUGAAUUCGAAAGUAUUCAACAAUUCAUCAACAACUAUGAUGAUCGACUUUUCAAAUACUUUGACACUAUUACCUUAAUUUCAGCACCUGAUUUGGAACAGACUGCUUCUUCUAAUGAUGAUGAAUUAUCAAGAGAUAAUCGUCAUGACGACAGGAAACAGAGAAUGAGACGAAGAUUAAUAGCUAGAUGCCGAAACUACCUCAUAUCUAAUGUCCUAGCCCUGGAAUCUUACACUUUAUUCAUCGAUUCCGAUAUUGUUGAAUUUGAACACGCACCAAAGUUUAUUCAAUUCCUAAUAGGAUCCAAAAAGGAUAUAGUUGUACCUAGAAUCAGACGUGGAGAUUUAUCCGAUUACGAUCGUAAUUCAUGGCGAGGCAAACGAACCAAACCAACAUUGGAACAGUUACAAUUAAUGGAUGAAAAUAAAUGGGAUCAAUUUGAUUAUGUACCUCGUGAUGUUGAACUGGAAAUGUUUCAUUUUUAUAAAUUAGAUAAUAAGGAUGAAUUGACUAUUGAUCAACAGAAGUUGAGUUAUAUCGUUGAAUUGGAUUCAGUUGGUGGUGCUGUCUUAUUUUUCAAAUCUUAUAUCUUUAAACAAGGUGCUAUUUUUCCAACUAGUUAUAUAAUUGGAACUACGUGGGAUAGAUUGGAAGGCUAUGAUGGAAUUGAAACUGAAGGUAUUUGCUACUUGGCUAAACCUUUGGGUUAUCGUUGUUGGGGUAUGCCUAACUUGGUGGCUCAUCAUGUGGUUUAA